AUGUUUAAGCAAGGGAUUCGAUUCUUUUCUACAUUAGGACCAGUGUUACGUCAGGUAGGUGGCGCACGUCCAGCAUGCGCACCUCAGGGAAGCAGAAGAGGACGUCAUAUUCAAAAGCCAAUGCAGGUAUUGAGACCACAUGUAAAGCUUGCAAGUUUACAAUUCUAUCAAGAAGAACAAGAUCGUCGUAAAAAAAGAAUCAUGAGAAGAAAAGAAAGAAGAUUAAAAAAGGAAAUCAUUAGAGAUGUUAAUAAAUUAAAACAACAUGAUGCAAAACAUAUUCCAUGUAAAGUAGAUCCAGUUUUAGGUGAUCCAAAAUGUGAGUUUAUCAGACGAAUUUUCCAAGAAGUUGAUAAUCCAGAAUCUCAUUUAGCUUAUGGUAUUGAUAGAGUUGAAUUUGAAAAAUUAUUAUAUGGGGCUGAAAAGGCAAAUGUAGAAAGUCAAACUGGAGGACAUUUAUCUCCAGAAAUGAUUCGUGCUAAUGAAGAAAAGAAAAAGAAAGCCUUGUUGACUAUUCUUAAUUUAAGAAAUACUAGUGCCAAAGAUAAGAAAGAUUACGCAAUUAAAUUAGCUCGUCAAGAAUUUCAAAGACGUCCAGGAGACUGUGGAUCACCUGAAGUUCAAGCAGCUAUUUUGACUGUAAAGAUUCAUUUCGGAAUGAGACAUGUUCAAGCCAACAAAAAAGAUUUCGAUACUAUUCAAAGUGUUAGAGAAGCUGUUCAAUAUAGACAACGUCUUUUGAAAUAUUUGAAACGAGUUGAUGCAAAGAAUUAUUUUUAUACACUUCAUAAGUUAGGUUUAACUGAUGAUGUUAUCAUGAGAGAAUUUAAUAUGGGUAGAGAAUAUCUUCAAGAAUAUAAGGUUUGGGGUGAUAAGGUCUUGAUCAAGAAAUCUGAUAAACAAUUGAAGAAACAAGAAAAAUUCAAUGCACUUAGGAAGAAAGUUCAAGCUUAUCAAGAAUUGGCUAAAGAGAACUUUGCUAAAUAUCAAGCGAAAUAUCCACAAAAGAAAGCACAGAAACCAACCAACCCUUAA